AUGGCCGUCCCGGAUCGCAGGUACCCCAAGCAUGUGUGGUCGCCGGCCGGUGGUUGGUACGCGCAGCCCGCCAACUGGAGGGCCAACACGCUCGUCGCCGGCGCCGUCCUCGUCGGCAUGGUCGCCGUCACCUGGAAGUUCAGCGCCGAGAGGGAAACGUGGGCGCGCAAACCCGAGUCCUGGGAGUGGCACCCGAGCAGAUACUGGUCGAAGCAGCUGAUUGAGUGGGACAAGGAGGACCGGUUGAAGGCGGAGUCAUCGAAGGCGGCCAAGGAGUGA